GGUGAGGAGGUGAGGAGCCGGCCCCGGUGCCCAGGCCGCGCUCCGUGGUGGCUGUGGCAUGGUGGCCCCACGCCGCUGAGUCCGGCCCGGCCCGCAGUGCCUCUCCGCCAUGCCGAGCGGCAGCACCGCCGCGGCCUCCCCCGCCGCCGAGCCCGCCGAGCUGCCGCCGCUUCUUCCUCCCCGCCCGGCGUCGCCGCAGCCGCUGCUGGUGCUCCAGCAGAGCUUCGCCGGCCUCAGCCUCCUCGGCCAAGGAGGGGCAGGGGCGUCCCAGAGGCAAGCCCGGCUGCGGCAGGCGGGCCUGGCUCCGCCGUCCGAUCCCCCCCUGGAGCCGGGGCCUGGAGGGGCAGAGGAGGAGGAGGAGGCGGCGGCGGCGGCGGCCGGGGACGAGGCGGACCUGGACCUGGACCUGGAGCUGGACGAGGAGGAGCUGCUGGCGGGAGAGGACGCGGAGGAGGAGGACCAGGACACGGCCGCCGUGCUGGUGCUCUCGCCCUCCCAGCCGCUGUCGCUGCUGCCGCCGCUGGGCUCCGUCCUGCUGUCGCCUUCCUUCGAUGUGCGGGAGCCGCCGGCGGCGGGAGCGUUCCGCGGGGCGGACGAUCCUCAGGGCAUGAUGGCGGCGAUGCUGUCCCGCGCCUACGGCGGCGGCCUGGGCAGCGGCGGGGGGGCCACGGGCCUCAGCAGCGAGCAGGCGGCGCUGCUCCGCCGAAAGAGCGUCAACACCACCGAGUGUGUGCCCGUGCCCAGCUCGGAGCAUGUGGCCGAGAUCGUGGGGAGACAGGGUUGCAAAAUAAAAGCACUAAGGGCCAAGACAAAUACUUACAUUAAGACCCCUGUUCGUGGAGAAGAACCCAUCUUUGUUGUCACUGGACGAAAAGAGGACGUAGCCAUGGCCAAAAGGGAAAUUCUCUCAGCUGCUGAACACUUCUCCAUGAUCAGAGCAUCACGCAACAAGAACGGUCCUGUCCUGGCAGGUUUGCCAUGUACCCCCAGCCUGCCAGGUCAGACAACUGUCCAAGUCAGGGUGCCUUACCGCGUAGUUGGGCUGGUGGUUGGUCCAAAAGGAGCUACAAUCAAAAGAAUUCAGCAGCAGACCCAUACCUACAUAGUCACUCCCAGCAGAGACAAGGAGCCUGUCUUUGAAGUCACGGGGAUGCCUGAAAACGUGGACCGUGCACGUGAGGAGAUAGAGAUGCACAUAGCGAUGCGCACCGGGAACUACAUCGAGCUGAGCGAGGAGAACGACUUCCACUACAAUGGUACGGAUGUGAGCUUCGAAGGAGGCACCCUCAGCUCAGCGUGGAUCCCCUCUAACCCUGCCCCUCAUAGCCGCACCAGAAUGAUCUCUAAUUACAGAAAUGACAGCUCCAGCUCCUUGGGAAGUGGCUCCACAGAUUCCUAUUUUGGAAGCAAUAGAUUGGCUGACUUCAGCCCAACAAGUCCCUUCAGCACAGGUAACUUCUGGUUUGGAGAAGCACUGCCUUCAGUUGGCACGGAAGAUCUUGCGGCCGACUCUGCCGCGUAUGACUCCUUACCAACGCCUUGCCAAACCAUCUGGACUCCUUUUGAACCGGUAAACCCUCUCUCUGGCUUUGGUACUGAUGCUGCAAGCAAUGCCAAGCCUCGGCGCCAAGCCAGCCAGCCAUCUACUCCUCACUUGUCACCCACAUUUCCAGAAAGUCUGGAUCACUCGCUGGUGAGGAGAGCGACGAGCGACCCACCUACCGUCAUCCACCAAGCUGGCCUUCCCGUAUACAUACCUGCUUUCUCCAAUGGUACCAACAGCUAUUCCUCUUCCAAUGGUGGCUCCGCGUCCAGCUCUCCCCCAGAGUCGAGACAGAAGCACGACUGCGUGAUCUGCUUUGAGAGCGAAGUCAUUGCGGCCCUGGUCCCCUGUGGCCACAAUCUCUUCUGCAUGGAGUGUGCCAACAAAAUCUGUGAGAAGGAAAUGCCAUCGUGUCCUGUUUGCCAGACAGCUGUUACUCAGGCAAUCCAAAUUCACUCGUAAACACAUAUGGAUAUUAUAUAUGGACUGUUAAAGGCAUGGGUGUAAUGGCACCCGCUGAUAAACUUCGUAAUGAAUUCUGAAUAUUGAGUUUUCUUGGGAUUAGGCUGAAGUUGUUAAUGAAUUUCUGCUUUCUCAAAAGGCUGCUACGGUAACACUAAACACAGGUGGUCUCUGUCUGAUUCACUGUAAGCAGAUGGCACAUAGAGGGUAGAGCGAGUUGUUGUGGUGAUAUGGCACAGCAAGGGGAAGUGUUCACCGGGUGUACAACUGAAAAGACACGUAUGAGCUUUCUAAAGGAUCAUUGUUAAACAUUUGACUUGUGUGUGCUGGCAGCAGUGAACCUCAUCGCCUGAACUCAGAAGUGCUCGUCUGCCGUGGAGAGUUUGUGGCAUUAUCAAUAUAUCAACACUUCCAAUGCUGCCUUCUUUACACUGCCAGUUGUGAAAAACAGGUUUGGGGAAAUACACACAUCUUACUCUUUGCUUCGUGCAUAACUUAGGCCUGAUUCUUCAGCAUUGCAGUUAAAGCAUGGUUUGGUUUGGGUGAUGUAGUGGCAGGUUCAGAUAAUGAAUUGCAGUGAAGGAGUUGAGAGAAGCUGCUCGACACACCUCCAUUUUGCCUGACGUUGAGGGCAGUAUGUUCAGAGGAUCAGGAGCAUCUAGAUUUAUGAAUUCCUACCGACUGCUUUUCUUAAUGCAAUGUAGAAAAGUCCGGCUGGCUCCAUCCCUUUUCAGAGAGGGAUUCCCAUAGUUCAACUUCUAGUGGGGAUGCUGACAUUCCGUUCAUUAGUCCAAUCAAGCUGUCCUUAAAUUACAUUUGUAGCGAGUGUAUAGUUGAAAAUGUGAAGCAUUUUUCUGUGUUCAAUCCACACUUGUCUUGCACAUACUAAAAAUAUAUUAUUUAUAUAAGGUAAAGGAGAAACGGGGAGUUGCGCACGUGCCUGUGUAUUGCUCAUGACAGCAGCUGUAACAGUGGCCCUGCAAUCAGUUUACUUCAUUUCAAAACUCUCUUUCCCAUCAUUUAAGAAA